AUGAUGAAGCAGCCGGCAGCACCAGCGCCUGACACAGCCAAUCUCAAAGCGGCUGCCAUCACCUCCGUGACGAUGCUCUUCUACGCCUCUAACGACAUGACCUGCAAGAUGGUGAUGGCGCGGCUUCCCGUGCCAGAGACGCUGGCGUUUCGAAAUGGCCUAACGGUACUUGGGACCGCUGCAAUUGCAGGGCCGUCAGCACUCCGGGAGAUUGCAACGCUAUCAAGGCGGGACGCCAAGGCGCUCCUCGCACGCACCAGUUGCGACAUCACUCUCACCACUUGCUUUUUGAUCUCGCUGGCCGAGCUACCUUUGGCGAAUGCGGCAGCCGUCCUGCAGAUUGUACCUCUUAUAAUCGUACUCGGCGGCGCGGUCUUUUUUGGAGAGCGCGUUGGACCUGUUGAUUGGCUCCUCUCCAUUAUCGGGUUUAUCGGCGCGCUCAUCAUUAUCCGGCCAGGCGCGCGUUGCGAGGGCUUCAACGCCUUUUCUCUCUGGCUCGUCGCCGCGGCCUUUGCUGGCGCUCUGAGAGAUCUGCUCUCGCGCACCUUAUCUGAUGCACUAGCCCCGAGCACUGUUGCGCUCUCCUCGUCGACGGGUGUCCUCCUUUGGAGCCUCGGCUGGCUGGCCUUGACCUCGCAGGCCUACGUCAGGCCCUCGGCGUUUGAGGUUUGGCUCCUCGUUGCGACAGCCGGCAGCCUGCUCACCGCCAACGUGCUGGCGGUCGUCAUGAUGCGCAGCGGGAACGCUGCUUUUGGCGCGCCAUUUCGAUACACGCUCCUCCUCUGGGCGACGUUGCUGCAGGCAGCGUUUUUCGGCGCUUGGCCUGAUAGCCUGACAUGCAUCGGAGGCGGCGUCAUCUUCGCCGACGCGCGCGAAGUUGUCCGAGCGGCUGCUGGAGUUGGAGGCGUGAGUGUUAUCGCCGCGCACAAACUUGAGGAGAAAGGGGACGGUGGUGGGAGCUUACUUGUCGCCAACCAGAUUUCGAUCUCGUCGCCAGACUCCGAUUUAUCUUUGUCAGGCCGCGUGACGCUCGCCGCUCGCGUCCGCCCAACUGACUUGGACGCGCGGAUCGGCGGCCAGCUUCCCACAUACGGCUUUAUGGCAGCGCUCAUGCUGCUCAAGGGCCUUGCGUUCACUAUCUAUCUCACGCCAGCCCACUCCCGGCUCGCAUCUGCCAGCUUCGCGAGCGCGCGGCGGUGGUCCCUCUCGAGGGUCCGCAUUGCAGCAGCGGACGAGGCCGCUGGCAGGACAGCCGCGAGGUGGGCGACGAGCCGCGGCGGCGGCUCGGCGCGCAAGUGCCGCAACGCGCCGCACAGCUCGGCGAGGGCCGCCGCGUCGGCAGCGCCCAACGGCGCCGAGCGCUCGCCCGGUAAGCGGACGGUUGCAACCGCCUAA